AUGGCGGCAGUGGCGCAGAGUCGCAUCCAAGAUGAUGUUCAUCCAUUGCUGCGGCAUCCCAAGCCGAUCAAGAGGGAUACUGCGAAAGCGCAGCGCAUGUUAGGGUUGAUUGCUGAUGAUGAAGAGAAGUUGAAAGGAUUACAGCGAGAGAAGUCAGUAACUACAAGAUGGCUAGAGCGGCCGAUGUACGAGCAUUUGGAGGUCUCUGAUAUGGAAUCAGAAAAAGAAGAGACGGGACAUGAGCAGAAGGUUGACUCUGUUCACGAAGCCAGGACAGAAGAAGAAGAAGACGACGCGGAGCUGUUGGAGCGAUGGACGAAACCAGACCGACCGAUCUCCUACAACUCGGAAGCUUCGAUAUCCCUUGAGGCGAAGACCAAGAUCGACACGUCUUUCGUCAAAAGGCGCCCAGACCCAAUCGAUUGUCCGCGCCCAAUAUCAUACAAUUCACAACAUCUGCUGUGCCCAGAAUGGACCGCAUCGCCAGCUACAGCAAGCCCGAAUGUGCAACGCCCGCGACCUGUAUCACUACAACCGAACAGUCCUAAUACAGGGAAUCGCAGCUUCUCUUCCACGAGUAGCAUAGGAUCUAGCCCCCACUUUGUUCACCCUCAGACAUGGGCUACUCCACCGACACAGUACAGAGCGGGUGCUCGCGGCGAACGACCUGUAUCGUUCCAGCCUCAGAGCUUCGCUUCACUCGGAAGUCCAAUGCCCAACGAGCUGCGCCCCCGACCUACGUCUUUCGCUUCGUAUCCUCAUGAGCGGCCUCGCUCUCACAACAAGAUUGCGUCCUCGAGAGGAUUGCGUGAUAACAGCUACCCGAAUUUCUCACGGCCGACGGCAUCAGGUAGUGCACCAAAAACUGUCCCUGGAGAGCAGAUGGAAAACGACGCGUUAUACGAGCAGUUUGAUGAUGGUGAGGUUGGACCACCUUCUCCAUCGUCGCCUGUCCGCGCCGCAUUGAAUGGAUUUGACUUGAGUGAAAACAAGAACAAACCCGAGAAGAAGGCAAAGAAAAGAUGGUCCACGAUACCAAACACCUUCAUGAAAUUUGCUAGGAGAAGAUCGUCUGCACCAAGUCAGGAACCACCGGAAUUUGAAACAAAGAUGCACGACCUACGUCACAUGAAUCUCACAGAAGAGAAUCUACAUUGGUACGAGAACGAAGUCAGCCAGGCGCCAAAUACUCCAAAAACACAUAUGUCAGGCAUCGAUCUCAUCCCUACACCAACGCACUCUCCACUUCAUGUGGAGCACCCGCUCUUCGAGGCGCCUCUACCAUUGCCAUUCGCCCCGUGGACGGCUGACGGCCCACCAAGUCCAGCAUCUUCUCUAGACAACCGCCGAGGCAGCCGGACGUCGUCACUGUCACCCACCAGAAACAAUGCGUCAUCGCGGCUGUCAGUACAAAACGUUGCGCAUAGUCGCCCUACCUCUGGAUACUCACACCGAAGUAGCAUUGUUAUACCGUCGCCGACUAGUAUAGCCCCACAGCAGCGCUCUAUGAUCGACAUACCAGGAAGCCCCCGUACCACACCAGCACGAAAGAACACCCCGACUCUAGAACGUACAUGCCUCAUGUGUAAAUCAACCAAGUCAAUUCCUGAAUUUGCUAGUCGCCACAUCACAUCGAGCUGCUGGCACGAAACUUCUACGUGCUUUCAAUGCCUCCAGUCGUGGAUCGAGACGAGUCUCAACACACGGGGGCGGGGACAGUGUACAUGUCCUGAGUGCGGAGAAUAUAUGGCGUGGGAAGAUAUUGAUGCUUUUUGCUGA